UGCGCUGUAAACUGCAUUCGCAUGUUGUGGCCACACCACUGUGUAGUUGGAGAGACGCGUUAUUUGCGCUUAUAAAACGAACGAAUUACCGCGAAUUUCUUGUCGGAAAACACAUCGAAAUCGUUCCAGACGGACACAAAUGGGUACCAGGACCAACCAGGAAGUGAUAUUGGAGACAAUAGACUCGCUGCGGCGCCGCAAAGCCCGGCCCGAUCUCGAGCGAAUAUGCCACAUGGUCGAGCGCAAAUAUGGCGUGAGUGCAGCCGAAGUUGAAUGCGAGUUGGAGCGCUUAGUAGACGACGAAGUCGUGUUCAAAGUGGAGUACAAAGGUAGCACGAGCUAUCGCAACGCCAGCAAAUGGAAGCAAAGUCACCUCAGUGGUAACAGGCUCAACUCGGCCGAUUCCAGUCGCUUACUCUUGGCAGCCGUGGAAGAACUCAGCAGAGUCAGCAAAGAUGCAAGAUCGACUACUACUGACACAGUCCGUCCACCAGACGGUGGUGGGGGGAGCCGGCGGGGGGAAGCGGUUCAAAUCGAAGACAUUGAACGCUACUUGAUGACCCUUGACCCCGAUACCAAACUGACCGCUAAGAUGCGACUGCAGAUUGCCCUAGACCGGGAGGUGUACAGCGGGCGACUGGCCAAAGUCAGCAAAGGGGUGUACGCGCUUCCCCCGUCCGCGGAGGAACAAGCGAAUCCGGCAAGGGCGUUUAAGAAAGUGGAUCGCGUCAAGAAACGAAAGCGCAUCCGCAAGACACACGGCCCCGAUUUCGAGCAUGAGCCGCUCUGCAAACAGCCCUCUUACGACCAGCGGUGCGACUACUGCUCCUACAGCGCCAACUGCAACAAAUUCGGGGAUGCUGAGGAGUUACUCGUCUGCAAAGAUUGCAGUUUGAAAGUUCACCCAUCAUGCAUGCGGUACUCGGCCGAAUUGGCGGAGCGAUCUCGUCUGUCCCCCUGGCAGUGCAUGGACUGCAAGACGUGUUUGGUGUGCAACGAGUCCGGAGACGCUGUAAGUACAGUGUACCCCUCCGCGUCCAAGGACAAACUGCUGUUUUGUGACUCGUGCGACAAGGGGUAUCACAUGGCCUGCCACCUCCCUCCGGUAUUUAAAAAGCCAGAAGGGAAGUGGGUAUGUUUCACUUGCGAGAGGGACGAAGAAAUGGAGUAUUAUUCCAGCGAUGGCAGCGCCGUACUCUCCAGCAACGAAGAUUUCUACAGUAUGCAGUCUUCACCUUCCGAAACGGGCACAGCACUUCCACUGAAUGAUGCUUCGAGAGAAAUGAGCUCUACUCCGGGUAAGAUCAGCCCGGAUGUUGCCACGCCCAGCCUGUCCAACGCCGCCCGUCUUCCGGAGCAGUCAGCCUCGGCUGGCAGCCACCUAGAUUUCCCGCUGACCGACCCCGCCGAGUGGUCCAUCGAGGAAGUGGUGCGGUACUUCGCGGUCCACGGAUUCCCGGAGCAGAGUGCCGCCUUCCAAGAACAGGAGAUUGACGGCAAGUCCCUCCUCCUCAUGAAGCGCCUCGACGUGCUGACGGGCCUGUCACUCAAGCUAGGCCCCGCCCUCAAGAUCUACAACCACGUGAUGAGGCUCCAGCUCUUCUGCAAGCACGGAUGCAAGCCGAACGGCGCGGCGGCCAGCAAGGCCGGCAAGAGCGCAAAGAGCGCCGCCAGCGGUAGCUCGAGCACGAGCGCCAACAAGACGGCUGCGAAGACGUCUAGCUCUGGUACCUCACAGACGAAAUGAGACUACGUAACUGUUUAUGCUUCGAUUUCACUUAUCAAUAGGCAUGCUGCAGAUGAGCCGUAACAAUGCAAGUAAAAACCUUUAGGUUCGAAUUCACUACAUUCACGAGAAAGAAAAAUGUUCUUUUUGGAACCUAUUUCUAUUGUAAGUUUAUUUGUUUUCAAAUGGUAUCAAUAUGCCAAAAUGGAAGAAUGUAUUGAAAGACAAAAGAGCUACCAAUUAUAAUUUUUGACGAAAUUCUCAGCGAAGUUCUGAAAUUUCUUUUUGUGCUUUAUAUCACUUGCAUCGCAUACCUAACGGGGACCAAAAAACAUGACUUGAAUAUGGUGGCGUUUAAUUUGCAUAUGUGCAAAUUAAUUGUUCAAUUGAUGCAAAGAAAAGUCUCCUGAAAAGCCUCAUUAUUUAAGUUUUAUUUUUCUUCUGUUUUCGUUAGCUGGCUGAUUGUGACGGUAUUAAAUUUUUGAGAAUAUUUUGAGGAAUGUUGUUUCCACAGCUUGCGAGGUACUUUUUUUGUACAUAAUUAUUAAGCCAUGACAAGGUUGGGCAUGGUAAGGCAAAUUAGGCUUACGUGUAAGAUAAUUGACAACGUACUUCCAUUCUGUAAUCAGAUUUAUUUUAUUGGAUACGAAAAAAAUGCUGCAAAAUUAACCGUGUGUUGCACACAGCCACUGUA